AUGGCCACUCUAUUUGAAAACAGUGCUCGUAUUGAUGAUCUCCUCUCCACUUGGUCUAAGUCUGGUCCAAGUGACGAAGAGAUCAUUCAAUAUGCCACCGCCGCUACUGAACAACUUGAAGACAGCGAAAUGCAAAAACAAUUUGCAGAAAACGUGAAGCAAGCAGGAACCUGGGCUAAUGAAGUUGAUGAAGCCUUUGAUAAGGUAACUAGGAGCUUUGCGGAUAUGAAUACCAAAUAUGGCAAGGACUUUCCUGGAUUUAGCAAUUACAAUACCGAAUGGAUCGAAUUCAACCAACGAUGGAUAAAACUACUUUCCGACUCUCGUGACGUCGCGUCCAAGAAUGUUGCUACACUGAAGCGUUUCGAUCAAGUCUUUCUCGAUAUGGUUGAGCAGGUACAGACUGCUCAAGAUCGUGAAGAUUGUAUCAUAGAGCUACAGUCGUUCAUUGAUGAAAAGCAUGAAGAUUCUACUGAGAUGUACCAAGGUUUUCUCACCCUUAAGCGUGACAUCGAAGACUUUGUAACAAGGCUAGACAAGUUCAUUGAGGAAACAGGUGCAAAAAUUGCGGAGGACAUUAAAACAUUGACCAAACAAAUCAAGGACCUCGAAGGAGAAAUAGCGGUUUUGGAUGGCAAGAUUAAAGAUGCCCAGACGGCCCUCAUUGCCACCGGUGUUUGCCUCAACCUCAUUGGGAUCAUUGUUUCUGGCUCCGUCCUUGCUUCCUACCAGUCAGAUCGCAGUGCAAAAGCCGCAGAUCUUGCUGGCAAACAAAGUAAAUUGGAAGAUGCUAACCGCAAGCAGCAAGCGCUCGCUCACCUUAAAACUGAGUAUGAUGGGCUCAAGCCAAGUAUUUCCUUGAUCUGCGAGAAACUUCUUUUGUUCGCGGAGAUUUGGUCGUCUGUUCGUAGCCAGACCGUUCAAUUCCAAUCGUACCUCCAAGGUGGGAAGGAUGCGCAGACCAACCUGAGAUUCAAAAAGGAACUCAGGCUUGCCAGAGCAAUGUGCGGACCUCUUCAAGAUGGGCUGGAUAAAUAUGCGACCGAACUUGCGAAUCGCAAGUAG